UCAAACUCUUCGUAACGCCUUCUCUCCUCUCAUAUCCUUAAUAAUAAUAAAAAAAAAUUUAAAAAAAAUUAAAAAAAACAUCCGUCUCCAAAACCCUAAUCCUUCUACUCGCUCCCUUCCCUUUCAACCCCAGCGGCAUUAAUGGCGCGUACGAAGCAAACCGCUCGCAAGUCCACGGGAGGCAAGGCUCCUCGGAAGCAGCUCGCCACUAAGGCGGCGCGGAAGUCGGCGCCGACGACGGGAGGGGUGAAGAAGCCGCACAGGUUCCGGCCGGGGACGGUGGCGCUGCGGGAGAUCCGCAAGUACCAGAAGAGCACGGAGCUGCUGAUCCGGAAGCUGCCGUUCCAGCGGCUGGUGCGGGAGAUCGCGCAGGACUUCAAGACGGACCUGCGGUUCCAGAGCCACGCCGUGCUCGCCCUCCAGGAGGCGGCCGAGGCCUACCUCGUCGGCCUCUUCGAGGACACCAACCUCUGCGCCAUCCACGCCAAGCGCGUCACCAUCAUGCGGCUGGAGCGGCUGCGGCGGCGCAGGCGACGGCGGCGGUCGGCGGGGAUGAUCGCCGAAGCACGGGGCGACACCGAGGGAGGGUCCAAAGGUGGCGGCGGUCUUAGGCGGGGGUGA